UCCGGCUCCCACCUCCCAGAGCUGGUGGGCGCUGCCCUGCGUGCCCAGCCCCACGCCGCCCGCCUCUCCCUCCCAACCCUACAUACUUCUUCAUAUGCCCAUAUGGAGUCGGCCGGCGUUAUGGAAUGUUAAGAAGUAUGUAUUUUUGGGCUGGGACCCCCGCGCCGAGACCCCCCACCACCAGCACUGGCCCAGACGGCGCCUCCGGAGAGACGGUGCGUCCCUGGGGCUGGUAAAAAGGAACCAGAUCAACUUGCAACUGGAUUUGGUCCCCUUCAACCAGCUGCAGCGGCGCAUGCGCUACGGCACCCGCUGCGCCCUCGCUGCCCCGGCCUGGAGGGGCUGCCACCGGCUGGGCUGGCUGCCUCCUGCCCCGAGAGGGCUCAGGGUGAGGGGUGGGUGCAGGGAGUGGGGGAAAGGGGGUUUGCAAAACGGGGCUUUGACUGGUUUUUUGAGGCUGCCCGCUGGAGGGGAGGCAGCCGGAGGGGCUGCACCUCCACUGCCAGCCGGUGGAAAUCAGACCACCUGCGCUGCCCGCAGUCCUUGUCAAAAGCCGUGGAGCUUCACUGGUCCUGACCCCUUGGGAAAUGCCCCAUAAAGCCCCAGCUGCCACGGCACAGCGUAAGGAGACUCUCCCUGCCCGGUGCGUCCUCCCCACUGCAGCCCCGGCACCUCCUGUCCCCGCGUCCCCAUGAGGGGCUCAGGGGGGAGAGGGCUCCUCGUGGGGAGCAGCCCCGGGGUCCGACCCCUGGGAUGGAUGAGCGACCGCGCCGCUGCCCGGCUGCCUCCUGCGCGGCAGAGCCAGGCACACCAAGGGUAAACACCGAGAUAGAUCCAGAAUUCGGGGAAAAUGAAACCCAGCAGAGCGGUUUCUCAGAAAUUUGCUGCCCUGACGUCACCCGAGGGCCCUGCUACCAGCGCUUCGGCAGCACCGACCUCUCAGUGAGCAGUGGACAGACAGGACUGGGCUCAGACGGGACCUGACGCACCUCUCGCUCCAGCAGCUGCCUCUCCAGGCCAGCCCACCAUGAAUUUUAUCAGCCCUGCCAUUGGGGCGACCGUAGGGAUCGGACUUGCUGUGGCUGUGAUGCCGGCAGCCCUGUGCACUCUCGGCUUCACCAAAGCAGGAAUUGCAGCCGGAUCCGUGGCCGCCAAAAUGAUGUCUCUAUCUGCCAUGGCCAAUGGUGGGAAUGUGGCCUCCGGGAGUCUGGUGGCCAUAGCGCAGUCGCUGGGAGUGGCACUCGUUGGCAUCCCGGCGGGCAUCUGUGCGCUGGGGUUUACAGCAACCGGCAUCACCGCUGGGUCCCUGGCUGCCAAGAUGAUGUCAGUAGCUGCCAUAGACAACAACGGAGGAGUGGCUGCCGGCAGCACCGUGGCCGUGCUGCAGUCCAUCGGAGCUGCAGGUUUCUCUCUUGGUGCCAAAAUUGGGCUGACAUCUACGCUGGGGCCGCUCGGUGCAGCAGUCGGUGCCAAGCUGUUCAAGGGGAAGACACCUCCAGGUGACAAACCCAAGUGAAGCCCAGAAGGUGCCUGAGCCUGAGGUUUCUGCCAGGCAGCAUGGCAGGCGCAGGGAAGCCCCCACAGACCCCCCAGCAACUCAGCCCCCCUCUUAAGAGCUGCGGAUCCGCUUGAGCAAUGACUGCAUUGAAACCAAUAAAGGUGGUUUGCACGUGGGA